AUGCUUCCUUCCCACUUCUCCCUUUCCUAUUUUUUGUGCCACAUCUCCGCCAUCCUUCCUUCUAUCUAUCCCUUCUUCACCUCCUUGCAUCAUUUCUUCCUCAGGUGUGGACACUGUAAGAAACUGGCUCCAGACUUUGAGAAAGCAGCAAAAAAACUGAAGGGAAGCGUCCAGUUAGCAAAGGUGGACUGUAGUGCUCACUCAGAGACCUGUGGUCGUUUUGGAAUCUCUGGUUAUCCUACUCUGAAGAUCUUCAGGAACGGGAGAGACUCCGCCCCCUACGACGGACCUCGCACUGCAGAUGGGAUCUAUCAGUUCAUGAAGAAGCAGACGGGUCCAGACUCAGUUCACCUGAAGACGAAGGACGAACUCCACAGCUUCAUCCAACACUACGAUGCCAGUAUCAUAGGUGUGUUUUCAGGUGCAGGCAGCUCUGCUCUGUCAGAGUUUCUGAAAGCUGCUGCUCUGCUGAGGGAACAGUUCAGAUUCGCUCACACCACUGACGUGAAGCUCGGGGACGAGUACGGGGUUCAGUCGGAGAGCGUGUUGCUGCUCCGAGCUCCCAGACUGAGCAGUAAGUUUGAGGACAGCGUGGUCGUCUUCAGAGAUCACCUGACCAUCGGAUCUCUGAGACGCUUCAUCAGAGACCACAUUUACGGUCUGUGUCCUCACAUGACUCUGGAGAACAGAGAUCGUCUGAGAGUUCAUGACCUGCUGACGGCGUACUACGACCUCGACUACCACCACAACACCAGAGGCUCCAACUACUGGAGGAACAGGGUGAUGAAGGUGGUGUCACAAUACACUGGGCGGGGCCUGACAUUCUCAGUAGCCAAUAAGAAGGAAUUCCUGUCUGAGCUGGAGGACGACUUCGGUUUGGGAACAUCGGACGGAGGAGAACUGCCGUUUGUCACGAUUCGUUCCAAACUGGGCCACAAGUUCACCAUGAGAGAGGAGUUCACGAGGGACGGUCGGUCCCUGGAGAGAUUCUUAGACGAUUACUUCGCAGGUCGACUGAAACGUUACGUGAAGUCUGAAUCCGUCCCUGAGAGAAACGCAGCUGCUGUCAAGGUGGUUGUUGCUGAGACGUUUGAUGACAUCGUCAAUGAUCCAGAUAAAAAUGUUCUGAUCCAGUUUUACUCUCCCACCUGUCCACACUGCAAGAAACUGGAGCCAGUCUACAGAGAGCUGGCUGACACGCUCUAUUCUGAUACAAACAUCGCCAUCGCCAAAAUGAACGCUGUUGAUAACGACGUCCCGCUGGGUUACGAUGUCCAAGGCUAUCCAACCAUUUACUUUGCUGCGGUGGGUAAAAAGGACGAGCCUGUACGAUACGAGGGGGGUCGAGAGCUCAAAGACUUCCUGAAGUUCCUGAAGCGUGAGGCGAGCGCAUCGAGGGACGAACUCUGACACUUUUCCUCCACGGAUCUGACCUGACUGCUGGUGUCCAUGACAACAAACACGUCGGGGGAGGACGAGACAAGACGCCUGACCCUGCUGACAGUGGAACGCUGUGUCCGACACCUGUCCACCAACAUGUCAUGGCUCCUGUCAUGUGACUGUGAGCUCUACCUUUUUGGAUCAAGGGGACGUGCUCAGUGUUCACACGUGUUGUUGGUGAAUCUUGAAAAGCAUCCUGGGAAAUGUAGUUGACACAUGAGUCUGCCUUUUUAAAAUCGACAAGACAAUAUUCAGCUGACUUUUAAACAACACAAACAUUUUUACUGAAAC